AGCGUCGAUCGUUUUGGUUGUGUGCAAUUUUGUAGCGCGUUAAGUGUUUCUUUUGUAAAUUUUAUUUUAUUUUGUGCCGCCGGUGGCACAGUCGACUACCUUUCUUCGGCAAAUGGUAUAACAAAAGGCAAAUAACAACAACAACUUGAUUUUGCUUAUUCGCUUUUUCAAUGCAACAAUAAACGAGUUGGAAAUAAACGACGGAGAGCGAUUGCAAUUGCAACAAGUGCAAAGUGAGCAGCAGUUUACUUAAACGUCAAACGGCACCCAAAUCGAACACAGCAUUGUCAAUAUGGAGUAGACUGUACGUGUCUUGCACUGUAAAUAGAAAUAAAACGGCACAGGAAUAUUGAUAGGCCCAACACUGUGCAAUAAUUUUCUAAACUUCUAAUUUCUUCGCUAAAGUGAUCAAAGCAACAAUAUGCCAUAUUUUCCAAAUAUAAAUAAAAGUCAACAUGUUAAAAUGACAAGUAGCAACACAUCUUUAGACAACACAUCCGAUCAAGAUUACAGCGAAUUUCUUAAUGAGUAUCAGACGAAUUCGCCACAUAAUGAACCUGAGGCGCAUUAUGAAGAGGGUGAAUUGGAAGCUGAAUGGCUGGUAGCCGCUGGUUUUCCACAGCUCAUAAAACCAUUUGAGCAGGGUCUCGAGUUACGAACUUCGGAAUUGGAACCGAUAUUAGCUUCACUAUCUAUGCCUCACGCCGAAGCAAUAAAACAGCGCGUUCGGGCGCUGAACCACACAGUAAGAGGUCGGACGAAAAAUCGCCAAAAACGCAAACCUGAUAUUAGGGAUGUCUUUCGAGAUUUUGAUGAAUCCAGUACAGGAACACGAUCUCGCAGUGCUACUCCUGACUCCUUAGACUCUAUCCACGGAGACGAAGUUUGGGGAAACACAUCGAUACCAAGCUUUGUGAGCAUUUUCGAUCAUGGCUCAGUUGCAGACUCAGGAAACGGCCAUCAGACAUUACAAUUGGGCAAAAAUCAAAAACAGCGACUCCGUCGGACGCCAAGUGCUCCACUUAAAGGUUCGCAAGACAUUUUUCGAGGUUCACACGUUCGCUGUGAUAUUCCAAUGUUUGCUGCAGAGGGCAUUGAGCUGUUAGGUUUUUCUCGUAUUGGCACCAUCCAUAUCCCACGAAAUCGUUCUGGUUCGGAUCCAUCCUGCUCAGUGGGUCGUGUACACGGUCAACUUAUACAAUAUUCAAACAGUGAUACCAACGCUUCAGGAGAAUCGAGUGACGAAUGUCUAUCUAAUACUGCGCGCCUGUCGAGCUCUUCUUCUUCGGAGAGCACUCCGCAAAAAAUACACUUGGAGACCCCCCCACAAAGUGUACAGAACUCGCCAUCUUCUAGGGACGGUAUUAGUUUUGAAAAUAUGUUCCGUGAGACUUCUAGUCAAGAUGGAGUGGAUGUUGUGGAUAAUAGUGACGCUUCAUUGGAGUUUUGUACAGACAUAGAUACCAUUAACGAAACAGAUUUGAAACGUCUUCAAGCUGUUUUCUGGUUAGAAUUAGCGGCAUUAUUCGAUCGAAAUCAUGUUUCGCUUGAUAAGCGGAAACCAUUUAAAAGACGUCGAAAAGAAGAGGGUCACCUCUUUGGCGUUUCUUUAAAUGCUCUUAUACGGCGUGAUCAGCAAAUAACAGGUAGAGACUCCACGUUGGUGCCAUUGUUUUUAGAAGGCCUUCUAGAGGAACUAAAUAAGCGGGGUGCUAAAGAGGAAGGUAUUCUGCGCGUUGCCGGGCACAAGCAAAAGACUGAAAUCCUUUACAAUGAGCUAGAGUCGACUUUCUAUCAGAAGCCGAAAAAGUUCACGCAACUAUUGAGUUCAACUAGUGUGCAUGAUCUAAGUGCCCUACUCAAGCGUUGGCUACGGGAGCUUCCUCAACCACUGCUCACGAAUGAACUAAUUCAACUUUUCUAUCAAUGCCAUGCUUUGCCAAUAGCAGAUCAAGCAAAAGCUCUGGCGAUUGUCGUUCAGAUGCUACCACAUGAAAAUCGAAACACAUUGCGGACUCUGAUACGUUUUCUGAACAACAUUAUUGAACAAAAAGAUUACAAUAAAAUGAAUAUGCACAAUGUUGCAACAAUAAUUGCACCAUCCUUUUUCCCGCCACGUUACAUACACCCAACGGACAAAAAUAGUAUUGAGGAACAAGUGAAAAUGGCUGCACAGUGCUGCCGUCUUACCAAUAUGCUGAUAACGCGUGGAGAAGCGUUAUUUCAAGUGCCAAAUAGUCUAAUAGAAGAAUCCAAAUCAAACAAAACACGACAGGGUAAACGCAUUUUACAUAGACGAGUCAAAGCCACAACGUCACUACUUCAUCCAAGCAGUAGUAACACCAGUACUGUUGGGGACAUUAGCCACCAUCAUACCCAUUUGCAAUCGCAUCACCAGCCAAGUAGUCAUGUUGUUAACGUGGUGACAGUGGAUGGCAAUACCACGGUAAAACGUCAACAGUCAAUAAACCCAAGUCAUGUACAUCGUCUAAUCAUUUGAUUCUUAUGGUAAAGGAAUAUAAUACUUGAUCUAGCUGUAUUACAUCAUAAGGGGAAUAGUUUAAGCCUAUGCAUAGAAAUUACACGAAAAAAUUUCAGUUUUUAAAUCGGAAUAAAUGUUAAAAUUAGCUUUACAGAUAUGAAGAAAAAUCAAUUUUUGCCACAUUUUACUUUCCACUAUUUAGAAAUUAUAUAUUUUAGUUAUUGGUAUUUGACAUCGAGAUUAAAAAUUGUGCAACACAAAACAAAAAUUGUAUGUUUAUAUACAUAUUUGGACCUUUUACACAAUAAUAUUCAUGUGUUUGCAUGUAAUUCAACAUAUUGUCACAAUUAAAAUAGUCAUCACCGCAUGUUGUGCCGUGAAUAUUCAAAAUUCAUAAUUUGUGCUCUAAUGUAUACAUAUAUAAAAGCUAUAAAUUAUAAUAUAUGCAAAUACAAAUUAAUACGAACAUACACAGUACGCGUAAAAUAAAAAAGAGUAAAUAUUUCAAA